AGCCUUCUCUCUCUCUCUCUCUCUCUCUCUCUCUCCCCCUCCCUCUUCACUGCUACUCGUCUCUUUCUCCCUCCUUCUAAAAGCUCGACUUCCCGUCUAAGGAAGUAGAAUCUCUCGUAUUCAAGGUCUCGAAACCCUAGAAAAAUGUCAGAUUAUGAUAUUUUGAUAGAUCGAAGAAGCUCGGUAUCUCCUUUCUCCCCACAUUGAUUCGUUAUGGCAUUUUCUGCUACAUUUUUAGGAUAAGUAGAUAAAGACAGAAUCAAUGGAUCUUGAUCCUUGGGGCCCAUCAGGACUGUCCGAUAGUCAAGUCGUGCAAGAUGGAAACUGCUACAUGGAACUUGGAUGGAUGUGUGAUUUCCGUUUUGGUUAUGGAUUUGUCUUAGAUGCUAUGGAAGAAGAUGCUCUCAAUGAGAAAUGCUGUGUGCAAGUUCUAAGGAUAUUGAAUAUGAAAGCAGAUACUGAAAUUGAUGAACUUGAAAGGGAUUUGGUUUACCUCCAGAGUGAACUAGCCUGGGCUGAAUAUGAUGAUUGGUCCAGAGUUUGCUGUAGUGCCUUGAGAAAAAAGAUUGAGUGCCUCGACUUAUCAAUUAGAAGUUUAAGGAAUGAGAAUGAUGUCGAUAUUCAUUUAAUAAUACACAGAGAGCCUGCCGAGAGAAUACAUGAAAUAUUAAAGACUCUGCUGGAUAAUUAUUGCUGCAAGAAAUAUGAGCAGGAAUCCAGUCAUCAUACUCUUGUCUCGGACCUGCCCCCUGCAUCUCCACAUCAGGAGCUUGAAGUUUUGGACGAGAAUGGAAGGCUGAGUGAUUCUGGUGAUGCUGAAAUCAUUCUAGACAAGGAAAUGAAGGGACCCCAUGAUGCCCCCUUGGACAAUAGCGAUGUAUUUAAUUCAUCCUUGCAGCCUUCAGAGAGAAACACAAAUGAUUUUGGAACAGUACAGCUUGCAGAUGUUAAUGGCAAGGGCCACCCUCUGCAUUCUUUGGAGCCUGCAGCUGGCCACUCUGUUAAAUUGGACCCUGUUACUUUAGAAAGUACUGGAGAUGAAGAAGUCAAAGGACAUGAUUUUACUGCCCAUGACAAACAAAUGCUUGAAAUUUCACCUUUGAAGUCUAUAGAUGAGAAAAAAGGUGACCUGGAAAGGACUAAAACUCAGCUUGCAGAUGUUAAUGGAAAGGACCCUUGUCUGAAUUCUCUGGAGUCUGCGGCUGGCCACUCUGUUAAGAAGACAGCAUUGGAGAAUAUUGAUUUCAAAAGUACUGGAAAUGGGGAAGUCAAAGAAGAUGAUUCUACUGCCAAUCAUGAACAAAUGUUUGAAGGUUCACCUUUGAAGUCCACAGAAGGAAAACAUGACCUGGAAACGGCAAAUACUCAGCUUUCAGAGACUGCAAAAUUCUCCAGUACAGAUGCUUUGAAAUAUUCCGUUGGCUUCUGCCACAACCAUAAUAUUUCUGCUUCUGAAUCAAUAAUCAUAAAGGAGGAAGCGGAAGACAUCAGUUCUUUGUCUAUGAUAGAUAAUGCAAUCUCAAAUUAUCCAACUACAGCUCAUGAUAUAAAUCCAAAGCCUACAAAUGCUAUCGUCAAAGAUUCUCAUGCAUGCAUAAUCGGCAAUCUGAAUGAGAUAAAAAAAUUAUGCAAGACUGAUUUGAGACCUAACAACCAUGGCAAAAUGGGAGGAUGCAACACUACUGCCGCAGAAAAAAGGGAAGCUUUAUUCAUACAGGCAACAAGUGGAAAUUCUGGUAUAGAGCAAAAGCUAUGUGAUUUUGCAGCAAAUGCAGCACGUAAAAAAAGGCUGAAAGAAUCAAAGGUUGCUUCAGUUGACAAGAUGAAUUCUUCAAAUUCAAUUUUGAAGGUGGAAGGGAUGAAGAAAAAUACUAAUUGUCACACUAGUCACGUUUCUAAGGUUGGACAAGCUGGUCUAACACUUACUGAACAUACUGCAUUAAGCUCACUUUCAGCUCUGCAGGACAAGACAGAGAAACUUGCAAGCAUGGUACACCUCAAAGAGAACAAAAAAUUACCAAACAAAGAAGUGCAGAUGGUUGAAAUUGCCGUGAAUGAUGAUGAGUCGAUUUUGAACUUGUCCCUGAAUCAAUCAAGGAAAAAGGCUAAGAGGAUUGUGCAAUCAAACUCAGCAAGUGCCCAAAGCCCAAGUUUUCUUUCUACAGGAAAUGUUUCACGUUCCUCUUCUGAUUUCAAAACCAAGAAACAAACAAAAAACUGCAGCAAUGCCAAUUUGAAGAAUUCUUCAAGGACGAAGAUCACAAAGAGAGUUCUGCAGCACAGGCUGCAGAAUGCUGAAGAGCAAAGUGCUGGUUUGGACGACAGCCGAAAUUCCUCAAAGAAAAGAAAGACAAGUACAAGUGUUCCAAUUCUCCUGCAGAUGACAGGCUCAUCUGGUCAAAUUGAAUUUUCAGAAGGGCAUGGUAAUCCAGUGAUUAGUGAAAGUAAGAAUUACCUAAUCAAAGAAUCCUGCUCCCAUACUGAUCCUGGCAGAGAGGUCGUGGCACUAAAACAUUCUGCAACAACUAACCUAAACAGUCUGAAAAUAUCCGACUUAAGAGCCAUUGCUAAGGAACAUAAACUAACAAAUUACUAUAAGCUCAAGAAAACUGACCUGAUCCAACAACUAAUUAAUCGCCUGAGCUGUUGCUAAAUCCACAGGUGGGUGUACAGAUAGGAAACAUUUUCUCAUAUUGUUUACUUAGAAUGUUUUUGGAUGUGCCUCGAACACAGUUUGUAUACAUAUGUUUUCAGGGAGUAUCUUGGAUAACUGGCGAGAUACGGGUAGCUGCAUCUUUAUUUACAGGAGGAAA